CGCGGCCAGCGGGGGCGAGGGAGCCAAGGGCGCCCGGAGGGAUCCGGGAAGACUCUCACCGGCGAGUCCCCCGCACACCGGCACCCUCGCUGCUCCUGGGGCUUCUGCUCCACCCUCGGGGUUGACUGGCCUAUUGCACUGCCUUUUGCUCUGCACCGUGUGACUUUCUCCCUCUGGAAGCUUCCCUGAGUCUCUCCCUGUUGCUGUCUGCAUCUCUGUCCCCAUCUCUCACUCUCUCAAGUCACACUAAGUCUAUCUCCAGCAGCCUGUGACGGUCUGUGUCUCUCUGGCUCCAUUCCUUUUCUCUGUCUCCUUCCAUCUCUGUGUGGGAUUUUUGUCGCUCUGCCCCUACCCUUCCCCUUCCCUCUGAAGCCUGCAUCUCUGUGUCCCUUAGGGCCUGCCAGACCCGUCUCUUCCCCAGAGCCGUCUGGAGGAGGGCCAGGACUGGGCACAAGGCAGGACCAGGAUAAUGACAGUGCCCAGUCUGUGGCCAUGGGUAGCCUGCCUGCUUGUGAUCCUCUUCUCCUUGGGAUUUGGCCUGGACACGCCAGAGGUGUGCCCCAGCCUGGACAUCCGCUCAGAUGUGGCGGAGCUGCGGCGGCUGGAAAACUGCAGCGUGGUGGAGGGCCACCUGCAGAUCCUGCUCAUGUUCACGGCCACCGGUGAAGACUUCCGUGGCCUCAGCUUCCCCCGCCUCACUCAGGUCACCGACUACCUGCUGCUCUUCCGCGUCUACGGCCUGGAGAGCCUGCGUGACCUCUUCCCCAACCUGGCAGUCAUCCGGGGCACCCGCCUCUUCCUGGGCUACGCACUGGUCAUCUUCGAGAUGCCGCACCUGCGGGAUGUGGGGCUGCCGGCGCUGGGGGCUGUGCUGCGUGGGGCGGCGCGCGUGGAGAAAAACCAGGAGCUCUGCCACCUCUCCACCAUUGACUGGGGCCUGCUGCAGCCUUCGCCAGGCGCCAACCACAUCGUGGGCAACAAGCUGGGCGAAGAGUGUGCCGACGUGUGCCCCGGCGUGCUGGGUGCCAGCGGCGAGCCCUGUGCCAGGACCACCUUCAGUGGGCACACCGACUACAGGUGCUGGACCUCCAGCCACUGCCAGAGAGUAUGCCCCUGUCCCCGUGGACUGGCCUGCACAGCUAGAGGUGAGUGCUGCCACACUGAAUGCCUGGGAGGCUGCAGCCGGCCAGAAGACCCCCGUGCCUGCGUCGCCUGCCGUCACCUCUACUUCCAGGGCGCCUGCCACCAGGCCUGCCCUCCAGGCACCUACCAGCAUGAGUCCUGGCGCUGCGUCACGGCUGAGCGCUGUGCCAGCCUGCACUCUGUGCCCGGCCGUACCUCCACAUUUGGCAUCCACCAGGGAAGCUGCCUGGCCCAGUGCCCUCCAGGCUUCACCCGUAAUAGUAGCAGCAUAUUCUGCCACAAGUGUGAGGGGCUCUGCCCCAAAGAGUGCAAAGUGGGCACCAAGACCAUUGACUCCAUCCAGUCAGCACAGGAUCUGGUGGGCUGCACCCACGUGGAGGGGAGCCUCAUCCUCAAUCUUCGCCAAGGCUAUAACCUGGAGCUGGAGCUGCAGCACAGCCUGGGGCUGGUAGAGACCAUCACUGGCUUCCUCAAAAUCAAGCACUCCUUUGCCCUCGUGUCCCUGGGAUUUUUCAAGAACCUCAAGCUAAUCCGAGGAGACACCAUGGUGGAUGGGAACUACACUCUGUACGUGCUGGACAAUCAGAACCUACAGCAGCUAGGGUCCUGGGUGGCUGCAGGACUCACAAUUCCCGUGGGCAAGAUCUACUUCGCCUUCAACCCACGCCUCUGCUUGGAGCACAUCUACCGCUUAGAGGAGGUGACUGGCACGAAAGGACGGCAAAACAAGGCUGAGAUCAACCCCCGCACCAACGGAGACCGAGCUGCCUGCCAGACACGUACCCUUCGCUUCGUGUCCAACGUGACGGAGGCCAACCGCAUCUUGCUGCGCUGGGAACGCUACGAGCCGCUGGAGGCUCGCGACCUACUAAGCUUCAUCGUGUACUACAAGGAGUCCCCAUUCCAGAAUGCCACAGAGCACGUAGGUCCAGAUGCCUGUGGGACCCAGAGCUGGAACCUACUGGAUGUGGAGCUGCCCCUAAGCCGCACCCAGGAACCAGGGGUGAUCCUAGCCCCCCUCAAGCCCUGGACACAGUACGCAGUGUUUGUGCGGGCCAUCACACUGACCACUGCGGAGGACAGCCCCCACCAAGGAGCCCAGAGCCCCAUCAUCUACCUCCAAACCCUGCCUGCAGCCCCUACGGUGCCCCAGGAUGUCAUCUCCACGUCCAACUCCUCCUCCCACCUGCUGGUGCGCUGGAAGCCACCCACCCAGCGCAACGGCAACAUCACCUACUACCUGGUGCUGUGGCAACGUCUGGCAGAGGACAGCGACCUCUACAUCAAUGACUACUGCCACCGCGGCUUGCGGCUACCCACCAGCAACAAUGACCCCCGCUUCGACCGCGAAGACGGGGAACUCGAGGCCGACAAGGAGCCUGGCUGCUGCUCUUGCCAGCACCCACCUCCUGGGCAGGUCCUGCCACCGCUGGAGGCUCAGGAGGCCUCGUUCCAGAAGAAAUUUGAAAACUUUCUACACAACGCCAUCACCAUCCCCAAGUCCCCUUGGAAAGUAACGUCCAUCAAUAAGAGCCCUCAAAGGGACUCAGGGAGGUACCGCCGGGCAGCAGGGGCCCUACGGCUUGAGGGGAACAGCUCAGAUUUUGAGAUCCAGGAGGAUAAAGUUCCCCGGGAGCGAGCGGUGCUUAGGGGCCUGCGCCACUUCACGGAAUACCGGAUCGACAUCCAUGCCUGCAACCACGCGGCGCACACCGUGGGCUGCAGCGCUGCCACCUUCGUCUUUGCGCGCACCAUGCCCCACAGAGAGGCCGAUGGUAUCCCUGGGAAGGUGGCCUGGGAGGCAGCCAGCAAGAGUAGUGUCCUCCUGCGCUGGCUUGAGCCACCAGACCCCAAUGGACUCAUCCUUAAGUAUGAAAUAAAGUACCGCCGCUUGGGAGAGGAGGCCACAGUGCUGUGUGUGUCCCGCUUGCGAUAUGCCAAGUUUGGGGGCGUCCACCUGGCCCUGCUGCCUCCUGGAAACUACUCUGCCAGAGUUCGGGCAACCUCACUGGCUGGUAACGGCUCCUGGACAGACAGUGUCGCUUUCUACGUCCCUGGCCCAGAGGAGGAAGAUUCCGGGGGACUACACAUCCUUCUCACUGUCACCCCCGUGGGACUCAUGCUGCUCAUCAUUCUUGCUGCCCUCGGUUUCUUCUAUGGCAAGAAGAGAAACAGCACCCUGUAUGCCUCUGUGAAUCCAGAGUACUUCAGUGCCUCUCAUAGUAGGUCUGGGGGUGGCUGGACAGGUGGUGUGGGACAGAGAGACGGGAGGGGAGAAGAGGCAGAUUUCCAGACCAUCUUGGAGAAGGCAGCCUUGGUACUUAAACCCUUCAGAAGAGGAGUGGGGGAGGUGUGGCAGAGAGCAGUAUGCUUGCCUUGUGACCCCCACCUCCUCUCAGUGUACAUCCCUGACGAGUGGGAGGUUCCUCGGGAGCAGAUCUCCAUAAUCCGAGAACUAGGCCAGGGCUCUUUCGGGAUGGUAUACGAGGGGCUGGCACAAGGACUUGAGGUUGGAGAGGAGUCCAUGCCCGUGGCCCUGAAGACUGUGAAUGAGCUGGCCAGCCCACGAGAACGCAUUGAGUUCCUCAAGGAAGCCUCUGUGAUGAAGGCAUUCAAGUGUCACCAUGUGGUACGUCUCCUGGGUGUGGUGUCUCAGGGCCAGCCAACUCUGGUCAUCAUGGAGUUAAUGACCCGAGGGGACCUCAAGAGCCAUCUUCGAUCUUUGCGGCCCGAGGCAGAGAACAACCCUGGGCUCCCACGGCCAGCACUGGGAGAUAUGAUCCAGAUGGCUGGUGAGAUUGCGGAUGGCAUGGCAUACCUCGCUGCCAACAAGUUUGUGCACAGAGACCUUGCAGCCCGAAACUGCAUGGUGUCCCAGGACUUCACCGUCAAGAUCGGUGACUUCGGGAUGACUCGAGACGUGUAUGAGACAGACUAUUACCGCAAGGGUGGGAAGGGGCUGCUGCCUGUGCGCUGGAUGGCCCCCGAGUCCCUCAAAGAUGGAAUCUUCACCACCCACUCGGAUGUCUGGUCCUUUGGCGUGGUGCUCUGGGAGAUUGUGACCCUGGCCGAACAACCCUACCAGGGACUAUCCAACGAGCAGGUGCUCAAGUUCGUCAUGGAUGGUGGGGUCCUAGAGGAGCAGAAGAGCUGUCCCAUUCAGCUGCAGGAGCUGAUGCACCGCUGCUGGCAGCAGAACCCACGCCUGCGCCCAACCUUCACCCACAUCCUGGACAGCAUACAGGAGGAGCUGCGGCCCUCCUUCCGCCUCCUUUCCUUCUAUCACAGCCCGGAGUGCCGAGGGGCCCGGGCUUCCCUGCUGCCCACAGAUGCAGAGCCCGACUCCCCGCCAACCCCAAAAGGGGUUUCCUCAGACUUCAGCCCCCUGAAUGGGGGUCCAGGGCACUGAGGGGCAGCCCACUCCUUGACUGACUGGCCUCCCACAGGCAGAGAGGAAGGGACUUGACCUUUGCAGCCGUGGGAUGUUGAGGCAUUCACACUCCCACCCCUUGCUGAGAUGGGGCAGGGGGUGGCCGAGGGGGAUGCAGAGAGCAGGAGCAGGAAAGAUUGGGGGCGAUGGGAGACCAGAGCAGAGUCACGGUAGGAAGGAUUUUCUCAGGAAUCUGAGUUCUCCACAACAAAGCAAACAAGGCCACAGCUGGAGGAGUGGAGAUCAGACUAUGGACCAGACGUCCUGCCCUCCGAGUGAGAGCCUGCUCAGACUAGGAAGAGAGUGUGGGAAACCCUGCCCUCAGCUCUGGGGCUCCUGUGGACAUCUGGGACCAGCAACACACUUGAAACCAGAUGAGCAAACGGAAUCAGGCCUGGAACCCUCUCUGCUGAUGUUUGGGAUGCUGGGGGUGGGUGUCCACGUGACCACUCUUACUGCUGCAUUUCACCUCCUCCCCACUGCCCCGUGCAGCAGGGGCUGAGGGGAGAACCCAGGGACCUGGAUGUGUGGGUUCCCAGCCUGGCCUGUAGGCCUGCCCCAACCCCUUCCUCUCCUUUGCCACACCCACGGACCCCCAAGCUUGGUGCUCUCCGUCCUCCUCUCCAGGGCCAUCCCUCGGUGCAGACUCACCUCUUCUUCCAGUCCCUUCCCCUCAAUCUCUCUCCUACCCUUGGAUUAUUAAGGCUUUAAAAGCCUUGCUUCCUCCCUGCCCUCCCCUCUGCCCCCCACCCCCUGCGUCUCAUGGGAAGACUGAAGAAGGCACAAUAAAGGCCGAGGUCUGUUUGUA